AUGAACCGACUCCAUCUUUAUCAAAUCACGGAAAUAAAUAAUGGGGCAGCUGCUCUCAUUGUGGACGAGGAAUACGCCCAAGGCAUGGAGAAGCUGCAAGUAGGCUUGGGACAGCUUCAGGCACAUCUGUCGCAGCUUUCAGGCAGCAAUAUUGAAGAUAUCUACUCUGACUCUUUGGAUGAAUGGAUGUACCCUGCGGUGGAAGCUCUACAAGUUGACGAUAGGUGUGGUCCUACUGCCUCCUCUUUCUUUGUCUACCGAAGGCCACUCGUCGCCCCACCAUUGAAAGUUGACAGAACCCACAAAAAAGCAAACGCUGAAUAUCUGAAGACGCAUCACAAGUAUGUUACCGGAGAACACACCAAUCUUUGGGUUGCAAUGCUAUUCAACUAUGGGCUCGCUUGUCACCUGUCCUACAUCGAUCACGAAGGGAGACUGAAUAAUGGAUCCCGGCCCGAGUAUGAUCUACUGCAGCGAGCCAGUCAGAUGUACGACCUUGCAAUAACAAGUCUUCGUAACUCGGCGGCUUCGAAAUUGACUGAAAGACGGGAUGUAGUCUCAUCCAACAUUCAAUUCUUCCGAGCAGCAAUGAACAAUCUGGCAAUUUGCGAGCAAACGCGGUACGGUCUGCUUAUGGCGUCCUCAACGAAUGGACCUUGCCCAAUAGAUAUUCUAUUCAACAAAGGCUUUGAACGGCUGCGAGAGCUCUUGAGGCGGUAUCCAUCCGAGUCGAAUGACACUCCCGAAAGAGCCUUGUGGAGUUGCUAUAUGGCAAACAUUUUGCGAGUGGUCAGCUCGUUCCAUCCAAAUUACUGUGCAGCUGCAUGUUGA